UUGUGCGGCGGCUUAUAGCCAUUUCUCGCCGCUUUCCCGAGUUUCCGAUGAGGGACAGGAGGCGGGAGCGGCCCGGCCCUGCCGAAACCUGUAGCCGUCGCCCUGGAGCGGCUGCUCUGGGGCAGAAAUGCCACCACCCAGCCGUUCCCUGCUAUGGCUUGGCCUGGUGCUGGGUGCUGUCUGUGCCUCCCGCGAACCCCCGGCGCCAGGCAACGCCACAGAUCCUCUGAAUGUCCUUCUCAUCAUCGUGGAUGACCUACGCCCCUCCCUGGGCUGUUAUGGGAACAAGCUCAUAAGGUCCCCAAACAUCGACCAAUUGGCCUCCCGCAGCCUUCUCUUCCAGAAUGCCUUUGCCCAGCAAGCCGUGUGCGCCCCGAGCCGCGUGUCCUUCCUCACUGGGAGGAGACCAGACACUACCCGCCUGUAUGACUUCAACUCCUACUGGAGGGUGCACGCUGGAAACUUCUCCACCAUCCCCCAGUACUUCAAGGAGAACGGCUACGUGACCAUGUCGGUUGGAAAAGUCUUUCACCCUGGGAUAUCUUCCAAUCAUAGUGAUGAUUCUCCAUACAGCUGGUCUGUUCCACCUUAUCAUCCCUCCUCUGAAAAGUAUGAAAACACCAAGACCUGUAGGGGACCAGAUGGAGAACUCCAUGCCAACCUGCUGUGCCCCGUGGAUGUGGUGGAUGUGCCUGAGGGCACCCUGCCUGAUAUGCAGAGCACUGAGCAAGCUAUACAGUUGUUGGGAAAGAUGAAAACAUCGGCCAGUCCUUUCUUCCUGGCUGUGGGGUACCAUAAGCCACACAUCCCCUUCAGAUACCCCAAGGAAUUUCAGAAGCUAUAUCCCUUGGAGAACGUCAGCCUGGCUCCUGACCCCCAGGUCCCCGCUGGUCUUCCUCUGGUGGCUUACAACCCCUGGAUGGACCUCAGGCAGCGGGAGGACGUCCAAGCCUUAAAUCUCAGUGUGCCCUAUGGCCCUAUUCCUGCUGAUUUUCAGCGGAAAAUCCGCCAGAGCUACUUUGCCUGUGUAUCCUAUUUGGAUACACAGGUCGGCCACCUCUUGAGUGCUCUGGAUGACCUUCAGCUGGCCAGCAGCACGAUCGUGGCACUUACCUCCGAUCAUGGAUGGGCUCUCGGUGAACAUGGAGAAUGGGCGAAAUACAGUAAUUUUGACGUCACUACACGAGUGCCUCUGAUGUUCUAUGUCCCCGGAAGGACAGCCCCACUUCCGGUGGAAGGCGAGAAGUUUUUCCCUUACCUCGACCCUUUUGAUUCCGUCUCAGAAGCGCCAGAGCCAGGCCAGCAAACUGAGGACCUGGUGGAGCUGCUUUCUCUCUUCCCCACACUCACUGGACUUGCGGGGCUCCGUGUUCCUCCACGCUGCCCCAUCCCCUCGUUUCACAUGGAGCUGUGCCGAGAAGGCCGGAACCUCCUGAAGCUCUUUGAGGGCCGUGGUGAGGAAGAGGAGCCCCAUGUCCGCGGUAAUCCCCGGGAGUUGGUUGCCUAUAGCCAGUACCCUCGGCCCGCUGACUCUCCUCAGUGGAAUUCUGACAAGCCGAGCUUAGAAGAUAUAAAGGUCAUGGGCUAUUCCAUACGCACGGUAGACUACAGGUAUACUGUGUGGGUGGGCUUCAAUCCCCAGGAGUUUCUGGCUAAUUUUUCAGACAUCCAUGCAGGGGAACUGUAUUUUGUAGCUUCUGAUCCUUUGCAGGAUCACAAUGUGUAUAAUGAUUCUCUGGGUGGAACCCUUCCCCAGUCAUUCAUGCCUUGAGUUCGCCAACCACAGAGAUCAUAUAUAAUGCCAGUGAGAGAAGGGAUUAGAGCUGGUUAUUUCAUGAUUACCCAUACUAUUGGAAUCAACCCCAGGGGCAGGGAGUCAAAACCUGCAUCAGUAAUUUGGCCUAAGAAUAUGUAACAGCUGCAACUUGAUUUUGUCAUUGUAAUUGGGCUGAACCUUUUCUUUCUUUUUUAUUUUUUUUGUAACAGUCAUAGCUUAUUUAUUGAAUGAAUAAGCACAGAGUGAGCAAGUUGAAAUUGUCAUAGCUUCAGCUAUCAAGAGCAUAGUAACUUAACAUAGCACUGUACUCAAGAAAUAUAAUACUUCAAUUAUUUGUGAAAUGUAGUACGUUUCAAAAUGUAACCACAUGUCAAACUAGGAUUGAUACUAUAAAUUCCUGGUUCUUUUGUUUAUAAUUUAAUAAUAUAUCUAAUUUAGCCUGAUACACUCAAAAUAUUAUAUCAACAUGUACCCUAGGUUUUUUUUUAAUGUAAACUUAAUAAUGUUGGAUGCCAAUACCUGAAAGUCUAGCUCUAACUUUUCCAAGAUUGCAAAUCUUCAAAUCCAAAAACAAAAUAUGCAUGAGGUGAUUACUGUGGAAUUUCUAUAUCAAAUAAUAAAUAAUGCUAAGUAAACUAGAGGCAUGCCAUGUAUGAGAAAUUUAGUUAAAAUUUUUCAGAGACUUUCUGGCACAGACAAUAAUUUGUUAGCAAGUAAUAUGACCCUUGAACACCAAGGCCAUCUUUAAAAGUCAUCUUUAUUCACAGUGGAAAAUAGUUGAAGGCGUAACACUGUAUCCCUGAAUUGAGACAUUUAAAACCAUUAGCAUUCUUCUUCUCUGGAGAUUCUUGGUUGCAAACAUGUAUUUAUCCAGGAGGCAGAAAGGAAAUAGUCUACUGUUAGUUGCUAUUACGAAUAACAUUAAUUUUAGUAAAUUCUAAAUUCUUUUGAGGACUGUGAAAGCAAUUCAUUAAUAUCAUAUUAGGUGAUUUCUAAUUCCCCAGAUGGUGGUUCUGUAUUCACUAAAUAAAGUUACCAGGAAAGGCAGGUAGUAGUAAUAAGCUUAGCCUAUGUCAUCUUAAAAAUAAUGGGAUAUUCACAGGUCAUGUUCACUACAUGUUGAUCAGUCAUCAGUAGUCAUCAGAAGAGUGAAGCACUCUGUUAAUAAACAGAGUAGUAGUCCUGUAUCAAAGUAACUUUUUGUAAUUCUUUACAUGUGCUGCUUUGGUGUGUAAAAGGUAAAUGUUUGUGAACCAAAAUACAGCAAAUUAAUUUAUUGCACUGCAUUACAUUGUAACCAAAAAGGCAAGAUAUUAUAAGAUUACUUCAAAUCAGUAAAAUUUCAAAUACGGAUUUUUGUUUUUACUAAGCCUACAGUGGAGGCGUAUAUGGUGACAUAACAGUCUUCUAAUUGAUUCAGUGACUUCAUGUUCUGCCAAUAGUUUGUACUUGAGAAGUGAAGGGCCCUGUUCCUCUCUGCUGAUCCCAUCUCUUUUCUGGAAGCCUCCACUUUUGUGGAUGGUGUCCCUCAGCCUUUUCUUUUUCCUUCUCCAUCCUCUCUAUUGCUCACAUCACUUCAAUGCAGAAUUUUACAAUCCAGUCCAGUUUCUCGUGAUGUCUUUUCAGGGUGUUUACCUUUAUCUCUUACUUUACAGUUAUAAAGUUUUUAUUUUGAAGCUUUUAUUUCGAAUUCCUGGUUGACUAUCAUCUGUACACCUUAUUGUUUUUUCUCUGUAUUUCUUGAAGCACAUUCUAGUAUCAGAAAAUCUCCAAAUUGUCCUCUUGCUGAAGUUGUAAGCUGAACUGUGCUGAAAAGAGCAGAGUGACUCGCAUUUUGGCUGUCUCUCACCUGUGUGACCAAAGCCACUGCUGGGUCUGCUCGGGGGCGUUUUGCAUGUUGAUCUGACUCUGCAGGAAGAACCUCUGUCUUCUCUUUUCUCAGUGAGGGCACAGACUCAGAAUGCUUCUUCUCUCCUUAGGUCUUAGCUUUCCUUGGCCUCCCUUUACAAAUGUCUCCUUUUAGAAACUCGGCUGCGUUUCACAUGCAGGGGCAUGCUCUUCUAAAUCAGCUCACAGGUGAUGGUUGCUUUUUGUGUUUUUGACACUGAUGCCAGGGUGGAGCCACUUGUGCACGUCUCCAGCAUUCAUCCAGACGAGCAGCUGCUCUCUGGUUUUCACAUAUCAAAGCUGACCACAUUCCUUAUCUUGACCUGGCUUAGGGAAACCACAUCUUCGUUGCAUCACAUAGCUUUUCUCCAAUCCUGCUGAACUGGACACAUUUUAUGAAUGGUUCUCUAGUCAUUCUUUGUAGAAAUCCCUAUUUCACUUGAGCCAGGGGGUCUUUCAUGCAGUUUACUUGAAACCCAGACCAGUGAUCUCAGAAAUCUUGAGUGGCCCUAAUUCAGAGGCUCAGAUACACGAGGGGGCAGCUUCUGCUUCAGGGUGUCUGGGCGGGGGUCUGAGAGCCUGCACUUCUGACCCUGCUUCUCCAAAGAGUGCCCUUUGAGAACUAUUGCCACGUAUGUGCUGACCAGUAGCCACUAGGCCCCAGUGACUUUAAAUUUUCAUGAAUGAAAUUACAACCAACAUUUCAAAAGCAGAAUCUGUUUCACUUGCCCUAUUUCAAGUGCUCAAGAGCCAGUGUGGGUAGGGCACUGGGGCACCGUAUGAGACAGAUCUACAGCCUUUCUGUGUGGCAGAAAGUGGAUUGAACAGAGCUGCCCUAGGUUAGCUCUAAACUGGUUGACCUGAUCCACCUGGCUGUUGACAGGUUCCUCCCAUGGGCUGAUUCUCUCCUGUUUGCCUGCAAAGGCUUGUCUGGCAAGGAGCCACGUGUGUUUGGUGUAAGUGCAGGGCAGGGAGUUCCCUCUGCCAACUGACCUCUUCCUCUUCCACCACCAUUGCUAUCACCCCAGCCCUUCCCACCUCCUUCCCAAGUAGUUUACCUCCCCCCCUCUUUCCUCCCCUGCUCCCCUCAAAAUCCAUGUGUCUUCCUGAAAUCCCUCUUUGAUCCUGCCCUUUGAGAACACCGUUAGUGCCUACUUCUGGGUCUACACAGACCUCCGCUGAGCAGUCAGAGUCUUCCCUGACUCCACAAAGCCCCUUUCCUUGGCUGGCCAGUCUGUGAGCUGGUGCCUAUCUCUCCUUUGCCAAUCCCACCCUCCCGGCCCACCCCUAGGUUGUUCCCUCCCCACUUCACCAUCCAUCCAUACAUAAUCAUCUGCCUCAGCCCGCUUCUAUGCCUCUACUUCCAAGAGGAUGAGAGCUCUGAACUCUCUCGACUGCAUUCUUGGAUGAGAUGAACGUCACUGAAGAAUCUUGUGGGCACCUUACUUUAAUAAAAGGGUUUAUUUUUCUGAUUGUAAAAUUAAUGUGUUAAUUUUAGAAAAAAAUGGAGAACAGAAAUGUAAUAAAAGGUAAGAAAACACAUCAGUAUUUUACACCAAGAUAGUCACUAAAUAUCUUGCCUUUUGGGGGUAUAAAUUUUUUACAUUGUAAUCAUACCACGUACUUUAUCAUGCAGUUUUAUAUUCCUAUUUUCCUAUGUGGUUAUUACAGAUACUUUAUAUUGGUGGUAGUAUAUUGUGUAGUUUUAUCAUAAUUUCCUAAACUUUCUUUCAGUUAUUGGCAAUUUAGUCAAUUUCCAGAUUUUCAGUAUUGUAAAUAAUGUUGUGAUAAGCAACUUUGUGAAUAAAAUGUUUUUGUGUGUUUCACAUUAAUCCCUUAGGAUGGGCACUUAGUGCCAAGUUGCUGAAAGCAUCUCCAUUUUAGUCCUCUCCUGCUCCCUUAGGAUAGUAAAACUGAAAAUAAAGCAAAUAAGCAUACAGAUAUUACAGACCAUAAAAACAAACAAAAACCCCCACCCUCCCAAUAAUAGCUGAAAGUAGAAUCCUAUUUGAGCUUUGAAUUCUUUGCUUAUUAAUGGCCUUGAUCAUUGUUCUCUGUGUACAUUUGUUGGGCAUUUGUAUCUCUCAUGUGAGUUUGCCUUUAAAUUUCGGGUUUUGCUUUCUUAAGUAAUCAAACAAAUUGCUCUUUUCCUAUGUGAUUUUCCCCCUGUCUUUUCCUAUUAAACAUGAAACCCAUCCCAAUCUAGAGAUUUAAUAAAUAUUCAUAUUCCUCUCCUUUUCUUGUGGUUGGUUUUUAUACUUAAUUUACCCUGUCUCUCUACCCCAUGAUCAGAAGAGUAUAUAUGCUCCUUUUGUAAAAUUGGGAAGACAUGGGAAAUGGUGAAGAUGACCAGUAGCCACCUCCAGACACCUGGGCACCUACCACAUUAAAUCCUGUGCUCAGGUGUUUUGGUCUAAGGUAAUGUUAGCCUGCUUUUUCACAUUGCCGGCAGUUCUUGGUUAACAGUUGUCAUGACUGCACCACCCUUCCUACAUUAUUUUUUUUUUUUACAAAUAUUCCCAACUUCUGUAUGCUUUAAAAAACUGUAGUAAAAUGCAUAUAAUGUCCAAUUUACCAUCUCACACAUUGUUAAGUGCACACACCAUGGAUUAAGGACAGUCAGUGUUAUGCCACUGUCACCAGCAUCCAUCCUCAGAACUCUUCCUCUUGCAUAAGUGAAACUGUCCCCAUUCAACAGUUACUGCCCAUUCUUUCCCUCCCACAGCCCCUGGUAGCCACCAUUCUACUUUUUGUCUCUGAAUUUGAUUACUUUGUAAACCUCAUAUCAGUGAGAUCAUGCAUUUAGUAGCAUUUUGUGCCUGGCUUCUUUCGCUUAGAAUAAUAUCUUUAAGGUUCACCCACGUCGUAGCAGGUACCUUAAUGUCCUUCCUUUUUAAGGCUGAAUACUGUUCCAUGGCAUGGAUAGACUGCAUUAUGUUUAUCCAUUCAUCCCUGAGGGCACUUGGGGUAUUUUCUGCCUUUUGGCUGCUGCAAAUAAUACUGCUGUGAAUGUGUGUGUACAAAUACCUAGCCCGUGCUCACCUCUAAGCAGUAAAAAUGGUGGGGUGUGCUGAGAGAUAAGACUCAGCUGGCUACAGAAGGCAGGAUUUCUCCAGACCCUAGCAAGGAGAUGGCCCUCCUCCUUCAGGCCAACUUCAGCGAUGCCUGCCAGGUGUCCAAGCUAUCCCACCUCACUGUGUGAGAACAAGGGGGUACACAUUCCCAAAUGAGACUCAGCUUCUUCUCCAGUGCCCAAGUCCAACCGGCUAUAGCUCCUCCUCUGAGUCUCAGAUUCUGGCCUGGGCUCACAUUGAGCUGGAAGCCAGCUGCCAAUGUUGGCCUCUGCCCAUCGUCUCUUUGGGCCUUAGGUACAGCCCCUUGUGGUUGAACCUGCUGUCAACCUCACCCCUCCCACCCUGGGCAGUCUCUCUUCUGUGAAUGAGACCUUGAAGCUGAGAGGGCUGUCACUGACAGGGGUGCUCUGGUCACCAUAUUGUUGUGAUGCUCAGAGCCCUCACUUCUGUUGGGGACUUGCCCUCCACAUGCUACCAAAGCUCCUUGGGUGUCUCUUCCAUGGACUUACUUGCUGGGGCAGAGGCUGCCUCCCUGUCGAGUCUCUGAUGUGCUCAAGAGCCCACCCUCAAGGGCUUUUCUUUGAAACAGAGUUUCCUGUCCAAGAUGGCUGGGAGCCAAUGGCCCUAGUCACCAGACAAUGGCCAUACUUGGUUCUGAAUUCGGGGCUGUGAUUCUGGGCCUCUGAUGGAGACAAGUCCAAGCUGGAGAAGACAGUUGUGGUUUGGCUUGGCUCUGGAUGAGGUACCCACACAGGAUCACAUGGCACAGGCCGGGCAGGAGGAGCAGAGCCCUGGGAAACAAAGAAGAGGCCUAGUGUACUUGGCACUGGCCAGAGAGCAAGAGUUAGGAUGCGAACAAAGGCCAAGGGUUAAUAAGGGCUUUUGCUUUUUCCUGCCUGCAAUAGGCACUGGAAUUUAUGCAGGGGAGAGGGUUUGCAGCAGGACCGAGGCUGACAUUUACCAAACCCUUGUCCUAAUUUAUCGUUGUUUCGAGUGUUUUGGACAGAACCUUUUGCGAGUGAUUUAUAUUCAAAACUCAUUAUUUACUUAACAGGUUUUAUCAAUUAAUCUCUUCCACACUAUUGAAAAUGUGGCCUUGUAUGUGUGUUAAGUGCACCAUGAGUUAUUGUAUGAAUAAAUCACAUAAAUUUGCCAUUA